UCUCUGUCUCUCUCUCGCUCUGUCUUUCUCUCUCUCUCUCUCUCUCUCUCUCUCUCUCUCUCUGUCUCCCUGCUGUAGAGAGAGCCGCCUCUCUUCCUGAGUUGACCCCCGCUCAGAGAAACAAACUCCGCCAUCUGUCCAUCAUCAGCCUGGCGUCCAACCUCAAGUGCCUGCCGUACUCUCUGCUCCUGCAGCAGCUGGAGCUGAAGAACGUGCGCGAGCUGGAGGACCUGCUGAUCGACGCCGUGUACUGCGACAUCAUCCAGGGCAAACUGGACCAGAGGAACCAGCAGGUGGAGGUGGACUGCAGCGUGGGGCGGGACCUCGGCCCCAACGAGCUCCCCAACAUCGUCAACACGCUGCAGGAGUGGUCAGUGUCUGCUCUGUGUGCUCGUGUUUCAUAUCAGAGUCCUGCAUAGGUCCAGUUCUAAAAA